CACCGCGCUCCCUGCCCGAGCCACCGGCCUGAGGGAGCCCUUCCCUCGCCCCGAACAGCCUCCGGGCGGCCCCUCCGGGCCCGGCCCCUCCGGCCCCGGCCCCGGCCCCGGCCCCGGCCCCGGCCCCGGCCGGAGCUGUCUAGCCCCGGCGGGUGCUGAACCGGCGGGAGCGGGGCCCUCCGCCCUCCCGGCCUCUCCCCGGCGCCCUGAGGCGAAGCCGGCGGCGGCGGGCGGCGCGGGGGGAUGGGGGGAGCCGGCGGCCACCCCGCAGCUCCCGCCUGAGCCCGCCCGCUCCCCUCACACAAAGCCCCGCGCCGCGGCCAUGGAAGAGGAGCUGAAGUGCCCGGUGUGCGGUUCGCUCUUCCGGGAGCCCAUCAUCCUGCCCUGCUCGCACAAUGUCUGCCUGCCCUGCGCCCGCACCAUCGCCGUGCAGACCCCCGAGAGCGAGCAGCACCUGCCGCCCCUGCUCCACCCGCGGGGACCCCCGCCGCCCGCCGCAGCCGCCGCCGCCGCACCGGGGCCGGGAGCCGCCGCGGGCUCCGCCGCCUGCCCGGACUCGGAGUGCGCGGCGGGCGGCGGCGGCGGCGGCGGCGGGGACCACGCCGACAAGCUGAGCCUGCACAGCGAGACCGACAGCGGCUACGGCUCCUACACCCCCAGCCUGAAGUCCCCCAACGGCGUGCGGGUGCUGCCGCUGGUGCCGGCACCCCCGGGAGCGGCGGCGGCGGCGGCUCCGAGGGGCGCCGGCCCCGCCAGCUCCUCCCUCACCUGCCCGCAGUGCCACCGGAGCGCUUCCCUGGACCAGCGCGGCCUCCGCGGCUUCCAGCGCAACCGCUUGCUGGAGGCCAUCGUGCAGCGCUACCAGCAGGGCCGCGCCGCCGCCGCCACCGCCGCCAAGUGCCAGCUCUGCGACCGCAGCCCGGCCGAGCCGGCCGCGGUGCUGUGCGAGCAGUGCGAGGUGCUGUACUGUGCCGCCUGCCAGCUCCGCUGCCACCCGGCCCGCGGGCCCUUCGCCAAGCACCGCCUGGUCCCGCCGCCCGGACAGCCGGGCGCCCCCGGCGGCGGCGAUGGCGGGAAAGGGGCGGGAGGCGGCGGCGGCCGGAAGGUACCGACGUGCGCCGAGCACGACCUGGAGAACUACAGCAUGUACUGCGUGAGCUGCCGCAGCCCCGUCUGCUACCAGUGCCUGGAGGAGGGCAAGCACGGCAAGCAUGAGGUGAAGGCCCUGGGCGCCAUGUGGAAGCAGCACAAGGCACAGCUGUCUCAGGCUUUAAAUGGUGUUUCAGAUAAAGCAAAGGAAGCUAAAGAAUUUUUGGUUCAGCUGAAAAAUUUAUUGCAGCAGAUCCAGGAGAACGGGUUGGAUUAUGAAGCCUGCCUUGUCGCUCAGUGUGAUGCCUUGGUUGAUGCGUUAACACGACAGAAGGCAAAACUGCUCACAAAGGUGACCAAAGAACGUGAGCACAAGCUGAAGGUUGUUUGGGACCAGAUAAAUCACUGUACACUGAAGCUACGCCAGUCAACAGGGCUUAUGGAGUACUGCCUAGAAGUUAUCAAAGAAAAUGAUCCCUCUGGGUUUUUACAGAUUUCGGAUGCUUUAAUCAAGCGUGUUCAGGUAUCUCAGGAACAGUGGGUCAAAGGAGCCUUGGAGCCAAAAGUGUCUGCUGAGUUUGACUUGACUCUGGAUAGCGAACCUUUACUGCAGUCGAUUCACCAGCUGGAUUUUAUUCAGAUGAAAUGUAGGGUGCCACCCGUCCCAUUACUGCAGCUGGAGAAGUGCUGCACCAGAAACAACAGUGUGACGUUGGCCUGGAGGAUGCCGCCUUUGAGCCACAACCCGGUGGAGGGUUACAUCUUGGAACUUGAUGAUGGAGACGGUGGCCAAUUCCGAGAAGUAUAUGUUGGCAAGGAGACUCUCUGCACCAUCGAUGGCCUUCAUUUCAACAGUACCUAUAAUGCAAGAGUCAAAGCUUUCAACUCAUCGGGAGUUGGUCCUUACAGCAAGACAGUUAUUUUACAGACAUCAGAUGUGGCGUGGUUCACCUUCGACCCCUCCUCAGCUCACAGAGACAUAGUGCUGUCGAAUGACAACCAGACUGCUACCUGCAACAGCUACGAUGACCGGGUUGUUCUUGGCACAGCAGCCUUCUCCAAGGGCGUGCAUUACUGGGAACUGCAUGUGGACCGGUAUGACAACCAUCCGGAUCCAGCCUUUGGUAUUGCCAGGAUUAAUGUCGUCAAGGACAUGAUGCUAGGCAAGGAUGACAAGGCAUGGGCCAUGUACGUUGACAACAACCGCAGCUGGUUCAUGCAUUGCAAUUCUCACACCAAUCGGACUGAAGGAGGAGUUUCCAAAGGUGCCACCGUUGGUGUUCUCCUGGAUCUGAACAAGCACAACCUGACCUUUUACAUAAAUGGGCAGCAGCAAGGGCCUCCAGCGUUUGAAAACGUCGAGGGUGUCUUCAUGCCUGCGUUGAGCCUCAAUCGAAACGUCCAGGUGACCUUGCACACGGGACUGGAGGUGCCACAAUGUGUAAAACAGCCCAAGUUGCCCAACAACUAAGGAAGCCCCUGCCCGACCCUGUGCUGGAUUCUGUAAGCUUUCUUGGUGUGAUUUGGCACUUUUCAGUAAGUCAGUAAAAAAGCAUUCUCUUCCCUGACUUAAAACAUGGUACAGCAUGUUGCUCACCGAAUAAUCCACUGGUUUACAGCUAGCACACUCCAUUUUUAAUUUAACAGCCAUAGGAAGCAUACCCACUGAACUGGCACUCGAUUACAGAUGGGUACCUGAACAUAUCUACACUGCAUUGCAUACAUAUGUACACAUAUGUGCACGUGCACACACACGUACAUUUAUAAAGCAAAAGGUUAAAUGAGUGUAUUUUGGCUGGAUAGCUGGAUUUGCGCUUAAAAGAUAUUAGGGAUGCUGGAAAAAAUGGGUAAGACUAAGACUGAGGGACAACGGCUGUUGGAGCAAUUUACCAGUAGGUGAACUGGAUUCCCGUGAAGUCCUUAAAUCAAGAAAGCAUAUGUUUUGACAGCUGAAGUGGAGGCUGUGUGCUUAAGAAUUCCCAGUUGUCCAUUACAUGCAGGGGCUCAAAUGACCAUUAAUUAUUCUUUCUGGCUCUAGACUGCAGUAAGCUAUGGGAUAACAUUCCCCUAGAAUUCAGUGGCAGAACUUACCUCGUUGUCUUCAACGAGAAUAAGAUUGGUUUCCAAACACUGCCAUGUAGUAGUUGCGCUCAUUUUAGCUAACACCAUGAUAUACGAAGAAUUCAGAUUCAAAAAGUAGAGAGAAAAAUAUCCUUGAUACAUUUUAGUGUUUGUUAUGUAGGUGUGAUUGUGGAGACUAUCACAUACAGAAGAUCUGAUUGUGGUUAUCAGCACAACUCUUGAAAAAUGGUGCAGGGGAGAUCCCUUUGAACUGAAUUGAUAAGAGAUUUAUUUAAAUAUGGCACAUGCAAAGUAUCCCCUGUAGAGAAAUGCUGCUUUCUAGCCUUGAUCCUGAUAUAAGCCCGGGGCCACUGUAGUUCCAAUGUAGCUUUGAGAUCAGAAGCCUUAAUUUUCUAUGAGACUAGUUUGAGCCAAUUAAUGUCUUGAUCCUAACGAAGCACUUGAGCGAGAGAGAUUUCAUAGCAUUCGUGUGAAAUUCGUCCCUAAGAAUUUUUCUGGGUUGGGACACAAAUCUUUUGCAAGGCUUACCUGUGUCUGGGCAUCUCCCAUGAAAACAAGCAGCCGUUUCAGGAGUUGCCCAUGACAACAGGAGUCUGACUGACAGGGAACUUUUCCCACAGCCAUGGCACUGUCACCGGCUUGCUGUUGUCAGAAAACACAUUGAUUUGUGCGUGUGCUGCUUUUCCUCUGAACCCAGUUAACAUAUGCAAGCGUGUGUGUGUAUAGCGGCACUGUGUCAGGACAAGAUGCAGCAGACUGCGUGAGCCCAUGACACCUCGGACUCUGUCACUCUGAUCCUACGUUAAGUGUGGUGCUAUCAAACAAGAAAAGCAGAAACUCUUAAAUCCCAUCGAUGCGCUACUUCCUUUUUUUAAAUCCUGCCGCUUAUACAAAUUUUCCUCUCCAAGCAUACGUAUACGCACACGCAUAUUGUUAUCAGACAUGUAAUUACUAAACCUGAAAACAAAUAUUCUAACCGAACUCCAGCUUACUGCCUUGCAUUACACCACAGCCACAGGACAAACAGCCCAGGCCUGCUUUUGGGCAGCUUGCCAGCCCCCAAGCAUCCUACUGCGGGUCCGCUUCUGCUCUCUGGCCGGAGCACAUCACUCAGGUCGUGCUGAGUGAUGGCAAAGCUUCCCGGCAGCAGGGCGGCCAGCAUCUUCCCGGGGAUCAUCCCACCUUGCAGCCGUUGUGGGGAACGAAACAGACCCAGGCUAUUGCACAGACAAAAGGCAGUCUGCCUGUAACCAACCAAGCGUCCUGUCGCCCACCUCUCCUGCAGAACAGCAGUGCACCUUCAGUGAUGUCAAGGCUGAAAUAGGAAAGAAAAGCAACGACGGGAAAAAAUGACAUAAGCUUUUAAGUGGGAAAGCAAUGCUACUUUCUUCAAAGUCUGGAAUGGAUUGUGUUAGUAAAGUUGUAGACAUUGGAAUAACUGUGCUAUGCUCAUCUUGGUUUCUUAAAGAAUAGCCGAGACCAACUGUGUUACAAUUUUCAGUUUCGUUUAAUACCAUAUGAACUCGUGCAGGAUUUUCUAAUUAGUGGGUCUGUUUUAACCUACCUCAGCUAGAAUGCUACCGGACCCCAAAUUUCCUCUUCAGUGUGCUCUUCUAUGAACCUAACAGUUGCAUAGCAUUGGCUUUGGGUGUUGCCAGUCAGAGCAGUGUAUGGGAAUACUGUACAUAAGUUGCACAUAGUUUUUUAUAUUGGGAAACAUCCCGUCAUAAUUUUAAUACAGAAGGCACUCCACUUUCCCUUGUAUUAAGAACAAAAGGGCAUUGUUUGUUUUGGGACUGAACCUUUGUCUUUACUCCAAACUUCUGUGAAGGGAACUCAAAUGAAUUUACAUCUUUCCAAUCUUCAACCAUUGCCAGAUGUUUAAAAUUAAUUCUGAAUGGGUUUUAGAAGUGUUUGCAGUACUCGGUUUUGGUUUUCAUAGUUGCUUUGGUAUCGGUUCCUAGUGUGUUAUACCUUGGGGAGAACACAGUGAGUGAUACAGGUUACUAAUUUCUAAUGGAAAUAUGGACAGUAGGUAGGGACAUGCUUCAGACCUGUAGAGGAGCUCGUUUGUUAUCCUCUACACAUUCUAACAUUCACAUAAGUAGGGUACAGAUUAGCUACCAUUACAGUCUCCUUUUAACCUAGCAGAAACGCAAAUAAAAUAAAAAGAAUAGUUACAAGUAGGUAACCUGCAUUAGUAAGACUAAUUUCGCCUGGGUCAAAACCUAAACAAAGUGGUUGUAUAUGUUGAUUGUGUACACAUUCAAGGACUUGGGUUUGGCACGGCCCAUAGCAAUAAACCAAUUACCCCAAUAGCAUGUAGUCUCAUGACUUCAGCUGGAUACAUUUUGGUAGUUUGAUUAACAGAAAUAAUGCUUAAGUAGUUAGAAUUACACUAGGAAAUUAAUUACUCCACAUUUGAAUAUUUAUGCAGAGCAUCCAGAUGGCAGUGGCCAUCUGAACAUAGGAAGAGCAGAAUUUUCCCUUUGCAGAAGAGCAUCGGGUGGGGAGAAGUGGGGCACUUCCACCUCUCUGCUUAGGCUGGAAGUAGUUUGCUUCUCUGCAGGUAACUCCCCCGAGGGCUGUCUCGUUAUAAACCCAGCAGUUCGCAGGUUCUUCAUCUACAGCAUCAUCUCUUAUGCCAGUUUUUGUUUCCUCCAAAGCCUUUCUUUAGGAGGGAGUCAGGCUUUAGUACUACGGUCCCUGCAGAAACUGCAUUGCUGACUGUCCGGGGAGAACGCAGGGGGCUGAAGGGUAGCACAGAUACCCAGGGGGACCACUUUGGAUGCUCUUGCUUCCUUUUGAUUUCUUGGGGUAUUUGCGUAGCUCCCUGGGACUCCAAGCUCCUCCGGCACCUGGACCCGCACGGAGCUGCCUUUCCUGGGACUCUUCUGCUCGUAGAGGCCAGGCUGCUCCUUAAAAGCGGAAGAGCAGAGCCUUUCGCACUGGGAUGAAUCCCAUCCGCUAUGGUACAGAGCCCCCACAAGAUAGCUGUACAUUUAAACUUAAUGUUUAAAAAAAAAACCCCAAACAAGCAAGCCCUCCUCUAAUAAACAUGACAAAGCUUGACUUCUGAAGAUAUACCAAUUUGGAACCUCUGCACAGCUGC